UCCUUUAAGCGGUGACGUGUUUCCGGUUGUACUUCGUUCCGGCGGACCUGUUCAGCUUCUCUACCUCGUUUUCUACUCUUUAAUCCUCCUAAAAACCUCCGUUAACAGCCCGUUAGCCGCCGUUUGUGUCAACAGUGUUUGUCACUUUAUCUCUCCGGUGAAACCACGUGACCCGCGCAGCGACAGAAUCAUAAUUCUCCUUUCUGGACAAAAGAACCGAGCAAUAAUCGACGGAACCGCCAUGAAUCCCGGAGGAGUCUCGGCAGAAACAGCGAAGAGCCCGUGGGGGCCGGUGGCCCCGGCGGCUCCAGCCUGCUCCCUGACUGAGGUGAUGAGUGAACAGCUGGCCUCACAGCUGGACGAGGAGAACGGAGUCUUCCCUGCUCUGACCGACCCCGGGACGGCCCUGCUUCUGUCCGAGGACGGGCCUGACACCACCAGCGACCUCAUGCUGGCCCAGAUGCUGCAGAUGCAGUUCGACCGCGAGUGUGACGACCAGCUCCGGAGGGAGGAGAAGAAGUUCAACGGAGACAGCAAGGUGUCCAUCUCCUUUGAGAACUACCGGAUGGUCCACCCCUACGAGGACAGCGAGAGCUCCGAGGACGAGGUGGACUGGCAGGACACCAGACACGACCCGUACCGGGCCGAGAAGCCCCAGACGACCCCCAGGAAGGGCUUCAGCGGGAAGGGCAAGAACAUCACCACCAAACACGACGCCGUGACCUGCGGACGCAAGAACACAGCACGCAUGGACAACUUUGCCCCGGAGGUCCAGGUGGGGGACGGUCUGGGGAUGGACCUACAACUGUCCAACCAGGUCUUCAACUCCCUGAAGCAGCACUGCUACAGCGAGCAGCGCCGCAGCGCCCGGCUGCACGACAAGAAGGAGCACUCCACCGCCGAACAAGCCGUGGACCCCAGAACCCGCCUGCUCAUGUACAAGAUGGUGAACGCCGGCGUCCUGGAGAACAUCAACGGCUGCAUCAGCACCGGAAAGGAGUCGGUGGUGUUCCACGCUGACGGGGGCAGCCUGGAGGACCAGCCCGUCCCCCCCGAGGUGGUCCUGAAGGUCUUCAAGACCACCCUGAACGAGUUCAGGAACCGGGACCGCUACAUCCAGGACGACUACCGCUUCAAGGACCGGUUCAGCAAACUGAACCCCAGAAAGAUCAUCCGGCUCUGGGCCGAGAAGGAGAUGCACAACCUCAACAGGAUGAGGAAGGCGGGGAUCCCGUGUCCUGACGCUGUCCUCCUGAAGAAACACAUCCUGGUGAUGUCCUUCAUCGGAAAGGACCACGUCCCCGCCCCCAAACUGAAGGACGCCCUGCUGAGCUCCGAGGACAUGAGGACGGCCUACGAGCAGGUCCUGCAGAUGAUGCAGACCUUGUACCAGCAGUGCUGCCUGGUCCACGCCGACCUCAGCGAAUACAACAUCCUGUGGUACGAGGGGAAGGUUUGGCUGAUCGACGUCAGCCAGUCCGUAGAACCCACUCAUCCUCACGGCCUGGAGUUCCUGUUCAGAGACUGCAGGAACGUUGCCACGUUCUUCAGGAAAAGGGGCGUGGCCGAGGCCUUGAGCGUGUACGAGCUGUUCAACGCCGUGACGGGGCUGAACAUUCCCGUCGGAGCCGAGGAGGAGGCUGAGUUCAUGGCUGAGAUCGUGACUCUGGAGAAGCGGAACGAGGACCACGUCCAGCGCCGCGGCAGGAAGACGUUCCCCGUGUCGUCGGAGGACGGCGGUCCUCCUCUAAAACCCGACACCGACGACUAGCGCCGCCGCGGCUCCGCGCCGCCACGGCUCCGCUCUGCACAACCCCAGCGUGUCCACGAGGAACGACCGGAGGACGGGACGAAGCUCCGGCUAGAGCUCCGCCCCCGCCGGGGCGGGGCUCCGCCCCCCCGGCCGCGGGAGCCUCUGAUUGGUCGGCUGAUCCAAGCCGCCUCCCUCCGGCUGCUUCAUGUGUGUUUUUGUAACUAGUCCCAGAACCCUGAACCAGGAAACAGAGAAGGUUCAGGGUCCUGCCAUCACGUUACCGUAGCAACGGAGGAAUCCUUUCACAUAUUUAAUGUGUUUGAAUCAUGAAAACAUGUUUUUAUUCUGCCUGGUGACAUUAAACAUGGAAAAAUGGA